AUGGCGGUCCCCGCGCUCGCCUUCCCCAUGUUCCUGGCUGCCUCCGUGCUCUCCGUCGCCGCUCCUGCGCUGGCCCGGAGCCCAUCUUGCCCUGAUGGUUGGCAAGCCGGCCCUGCUCAGAACAAAUGCUUCAUGUACAUAUCAACCUCCCUUUCCUGGGAUAGAUCCGAGGCUCUCUGUCAUAACUCCAGCGGGCAUUUGGCUGCAUUAUCAUCAAUCCAGGAGCUAAACUUUGUGAAGUCUCUCUGUGGAUCAUCGUCCUCAGGAUGCUGGGUUGGAGGGCAUCACUACAACACUAGUACUGGUAACGGUUGGAAAUGGUCUGAUGAUUCCUCUGUUUGGAGCGAGACUGUCUUUCUUGGUGAGCCAUUGCGUGCCAACUGCAGUUAUCCUGCAUGCAAAGUAGCCACCAGCAGUGAUUUGUGUACUUUGGUGACCAGUGGUCGGGCUUCAAUUAUUAUUACUGAAAAAAGGUGCAGUGAGUCCCAUGGUCUGAUUUGCAUGAUGAACCACGUGGACAGAUGCUACCAUGAUCACUGCCACAAGGAGUAUUUCAUAGCCAUUAUUGCUGUGAGUGGUUUCAUUCUGGCAACCACUCUAGCCGUUGUGGUUUGGCUGCUUGUCUAUAGGCGAAGCAAGAAAAGAAGAAGAUCACGAGAAGUGUUAAGUGCUUCAGCUGCCGCAUUGGUGGCACCACAAUGGAAAGUAUUCACUAGUGAAGAACUUAGAUCAAUCACAAAGAACUUCAGCGAGGGAAACAGGCUUCCUGGUAACGCAAAGACGGGCGGAACCUAUAGUGGAAUCUUACCAGAUGGAUCCAAAGUAGCAAUCAAGAGACUUAAGAGAUCCAGCCUGCAAAGGAAAAAGGACUUCUACUCUGAGAUUCGGAGAGUUGCAAAGCUGUAUCAUCCUAAUUUGGUGGCUGUAAAAGGAUGUUGUUAUGAUCAUGGUGAUCGGUUUAUUGUCUAUGAGUUUGUCGCAAAUGGUCCUUUGGAUGUGUGGCUGCAUCAUAUUCCCAGAGGAGGGCGGAGCCUGGAUUGGGCAAUGAGAAUGAGAGCUGCCACAACUCUUGCUCAGGGGAUUGCAUUCUUGCACGACAAGGUAAAGCCGCAGGUGGUGCACCGUGAUAUCCGUGCAAGUAAUGUCUUACUCGAUGAGGAAUUUGGUUCACAUCUGAUGGGUGUCGGCCUUUCAAAGUUUGUGCCAUGGGAAGUAAUGCAUGAGAGAACUGUCAAGGCCGCAUCAUAUGGCUACCUUGCUCCUGAGUUUAUAUACAGGAACGAGUUGACAACAAAGAGCGAUGUCUACAGCUUUGGUGUGCUUCUCCUAGAAAUUAUCAGCGGUCGUCGCCCUGCACAGUCAGUUGAGUCUGUUGGGUGGCAGACCAUAUUUGAAUGGGCAACUCCUCUAGUGCAGUCUCACCGCUAUCUUGAUCUGCUAGAUCCACACAUCCAGGAAUUGCCGGAUACAGGAGUUAUCCAGAAGGUUGUCGAUCUUGUCUACUCCUGCACCCAGCACGUUCCUUCGGUGCGCCCAAGGAUGUCGCAUGUCGUGCAUCAACUACAGCAGCUUGAACUGAAGUCUGCAGCUUCCGAGCAGCAGCUAAGGAGCGGGACAAGCACUAGCGCAACAUCCCCAAUGUUGCCGUUGGAGGUUCGGACACCUCGCUGA